CGCGAUCUCCAAUACCCAUUGUCGCAAAUACCCGGUGCUUAAUGAUGGAAGAGUAACCGCUUCCAACCAAAUCCCACUCUUCUCAGUAACUCGCCAAUUCUAACUUUUCUUCCUUUCGGCUUCCAUCACUCUUCUUGGGCCGUUAUUACCCCCUCUAAAUGCCCACAGCAUGCCGUCUUCUCAUCCUUUCCCACCACGAUAACGGUCUGCCGCCUUCUUGCUUCCGGACACCUGCGCAAACAGCAUACGACAUCAACACACGAAUAAAUAAAGGAACCUCAAGAGAUGGCGCCAUCUGCCAUAGAAGAGGCUGUAAUCGCCUCGAAGAUGCCGCCGCCAAAGUCGUAUCCGCCUCCAAAGAUCUUCCCUGCCAAGGAAUCCAAGUUCGAAAAGACCAUUGCAAUCCAGCGUGACGGACGUGAAAAGGCAUUGGCCCGAGCUAACGAAAACCCAGUCAUCGUCAUUGACAAUGGAUCCUUCAAUGUUCGUGCAGGCUGGUCGUUUGAGGACAACCCUCGCUUUAGCAUCCCUCCCAUCAUGUCCAAGUUCCGCGAUCGUAAAGCCGGGAAGACGUAUUCAUUUGCCGGGAAUGAUUGCUAUGUCGAUGCCAACUCUCGGAGCCAUAUUCGGAACGCCUUCGAACAAGGAAGCGGCGUCAUAACCAAUUGGGAUGCCAUGGAACAUGUGCUGGACUACAUCUUCAUCAAGCUCGGAUUCAACGACAUCGACGGGUCGGUGGACUGGCCCAUUGUUAUGACAGAAGCUGUGGCGAAUUUCACAUACGUGCGCAAGACCAUGUCGGAGACAUUAUUCGAGUGCUACGGCGUCCCCUCGGUAGCGUACGGUAUCGAUGCUUUGUUCUCCUACAGACACAACAAGGGCAACACCGGUCUCGUGGUCUCUUCUUCUCACACCUCCACCCACGUCAUUCCCGUCUACAACCAAAGACCCCUUCUCGCCCAGGCCACUCGGCUGAACUGGGGCGGCUGGCACUCGGCUGAAUAUCUACUGAAGCUACUCAAACUGAAGUAUCCGGCAUUCGUCAACAAGCUUAAUUCGUCACAAGCAGAACAUAUGCUCCGCGACUACUGCUACUUGUCCGCCGACUACGACAACGAGCUACGAGGUUAUCUCGACUGGACUGGCCUGGAGGACCGAGAUAUCGUCGUCCAGUACCCUUAUACGGAGGAAGUUGUCGUACAGAAAAGCGAGGAAGAGCUGGCACGCAUUGCCGAGCGAAAGAAGGAGAGCGGUAGGCGGCUUCAGGAGCAGGCUGCCAAGUUGCGGCUGGAGAAGCUCAUGAAGAAGGAGGAGGAGCUUGAGUAUUACAAGAAUCUGCAGACACGCAUUCAGAAUGCGACAAACAAGAAGGAUGUACGGCGAAUGCUGGACGCCGGCGAAAUGAAAGACGAGGCCGCUUUGGAGAAGACCAUCAAUGCUCUCGACAAGGCGGUUCGGAAGGCGCAGACGAAGGACGUGGGUGGUGACCCCGAGGAAGACCAGCAGCAGCCCGUUUUUGACCUCCUAGACGUACCGGAUGACCAACUAGACGAGGCCGGACUCAAAGCAAAGCGCCAACAACGCCUGCUCAAGUCCAAUCACGACGCACGCGCGAGAGCCAAAGCCGGAAAGGAAGCCGAGAAGGCGCGCAUUGAGGAAGCAAAGCGAUUGGACGAGGAGAGGCGCGAGAAAGAUCUCGAAGGCUGGCUGGAGGACAAACGGCGGGCACGCGCCGAGGCCCUACAGAAGAUGAAGGAGCGGGAUCGCCUCAAACAAGACCUCGGCAACCGCAAGUCGCUCGCAUCACAGAGCCGCAUGAAGACCAUAGCGAACCUCGCAUCGGAUAAUCCGACCAAGAAGCGCCGGCGCGGCGGGGACGACGAUACGUUCGGAGCCGACGACGAUGACUGGGGUGUCUACCGCACCAUCGCCAUAGGAGACAACAGCGACGACGAGCAUGAAGAGGAGGACCUGAUGGCCAGCCUCAAAACCUGCGAGCAGGACCUGCUGCUGUACGACCCCGGCUUCACGUACGAAGAUACCUACGAGGCGCAAUUGGAUUGGUCCAAGUCCAUGCUGCACGCCUUCACCCGAGGCCCGCGACCAUUCGACCCGGCCUCGGCGGCAGAACUCAACCAGCUCCACCUCAACGUAGAGCGCAUCCGCGUUCCCGAGGUGCUCUUCCAGCCGUCCAUCGCGGGCGUCGACCAGGCCGGGCUCGUGGAAAUGGCGGGGGACAUCGUCAACCAACGCCUCAGCGGCGCCAUCGCGGGCGCCGACCGCGACGCCUUCCUCCGGGACAUUUUCCUCACGGGCGGCAACACGCUGUUCAAGAACUUUGAGCAGCGUCUCCGCGAUGGCCUCACACCCUUGCUCCCUGCGGAUACGCCGCUCAAGGUCCGCCGCGCGCAGAACGCCCAGCUCGAUGCCUGGAGGGGCGCCGCUGCCUGGAGCGGCUCCAGUGCUUGGAAGGCGGCGACGAUCACGAGGGCUGAAUACCUUGAGAAAGGUUCCGAGUAUCUCAAGGAGCACGACCUGGGAAACCCUGUCUCGACUGUAUGAGUAUUCUUCGGCUUCGGCUGAUCAUGAGAAAGUAAAGGGUAGGCAAAAAAAAAGGAGUUUGGUGAAGGGAAAGGAGCCAGCGGUAAUUAUGCUGAUUUUCGACAGCUCUCACAGAGGAGGCUUGGCAUUCUGUUGCAUCGAGGGGAGUGCUGGGAGACAGACUCCUGCGAGUGUAAAUUACGGAAUAUAGAUUGAGGAAAUAGUCACUUAAACCAG